CAAGUUUUGAAAUAUCAGAGAAAAGUAAGCUGAAAGAGUACAGUGUACAUUGAAGAGCAACAUUCACAAUGUCAUUUGUCGGCGGAGUAUUUUGACAAGAAUAAAUUACGACCCUUCACCGCAGGCUUCACCUCAGAGAUGGACCACUUCAGACUGAUGACACUGGCUGCACUGCUCUGCUCUCUUCCCAGUGCUGAUGGAGGGAAAGUGCUUGUUUUCCCAGUGGAUGGAAGCCACUGGGUCAACAUGAAGGUCCUCAUCCAGGAGCUCCACUCCAGAGGUCACAACAUCACAGUGAUCCGACACAAAACCAGCUGGUCCAUCAAAGCAGAGUCCCAUCACUACAGCUUAAUCUACACAAACUCAAUCCCAUUCCACAUGGUCAUGUCCUGCUCAAACUGUGAGGAAGUCCUGGACAGUGUUGUUGUAAAACACUGUGGAUGGUCAUUUCUUCAGUGGGUCACAUUCACCUUCUAACAGAGGACAGCAACAUGUAGAGGAACUGCAGCACACCGCUGUUUGUGCAUGCAGUGUCCCUCACCACCUGUAUGCACUUCUACAUUUCACUAAACAGAUGCAGUGAACUGUCAGAGCUGCAGUGACGGUGAUCUGUUUUAUGAGUGUGUUCAGAGAGAAAAACUUGUGAAUGAAGACCUUUGACCCACAACAGUCAGUGUAAGAUCCCAUUCCACAUGGUCAUGUCCUGCUCAAACUGUGAGGAAGUCCUGGACAGUGUUGUUGUAAAACACUGUGGAUGGUCAUUUCUUCAGUGGGUCACAUUCACCUUCUAACAGAGGACAGCAACAUGUAGAGGAACUGCAGCACACCGCUGUUUGUGCAUGCAGUGUCCCUCACCACCUGUAUGCACUUCUACAUUUCACUAAACAGGUCAAACAUGUAGAGGAAAGUGUGGAGAUGUUUUGGAGGAAUGCUCCUGCCGUGCCACCUGUGUGUCUUUGCUGAGCUGCUGUGCAGACUACAACCAGUCCUGUUUCCAGGUGACGCCUCACUCCAGCUCCAUGCUGGGUGGCAGACCGCUCAGGAUCCUCAGUUUGGUCCUUCAUCCUGGUGAACGGCUUCUCUGCAGGUUCAAAGGUGAGAUUGAGCGAGAAGGAUUUAUUGAUGCUGAAGGCCACGGCUACUGCAUCACUCCGUUGCUGUAUGAGACAGGUUGGAUACCGUUUACUGUCUCAACAGACGGAUUUCAGUUCGACAGAUCAGGAGAGUAUUUGUCAGUCCACCCCAGUAAAGCGGACCAUGCCUUUGAAGUCACCCUGGUGAAUGCAACACGGUGGAUGUACUACGGUACGCAGAACGUGGCAGGACGACUCAAAAUGACAUGGAACAGCUCUUUGUUUGGAGCAGAGAGGGUCAACAUAGAGCUGUGGGCUUACAGAGAGUUCAGCCGGAGCUCAGAGACGGGAGCCAACCGAUCGUCCUCUCUGCAGGCCGAGCUGAGAUAUCUGUACUCUCUGGGCAGGAAUCUGCCCAACACUGGUGCCUUCAGCUUCACCCCGGAGCCCUCAAAGGACUUCUCUGACUGGGAGUUGGGGAACAUCCGCAUCACUGCUAGUCCUGAGUCAGAUGGAGCAAGGGAUGUGCCGGGGCUGUGGAGUGGAGGCCAUGUGCUAGCCUGGCACCUGCAGCAGGCUUUCAGAGAUGACUCUGCAGCCUGGGCCAAGAGCAGGUGUCUGCAGUGGGACGUCCUGGAGAAGAAGCUGCCCGACUUCCUGGAUGAACUCAUUGACUGUCCUUGUACUCUGGCACAGGCCCGAGCAGACACAGGCAGGUUUCAUACUGACUACAGUUGUGAUAUUGAGAGGGGCAGUGUGUGCACUUACCACCCAGGCAGCAUCCACUGUGUCAGAGCUGUUCAGGCCAGUCCUACCCAUGGAUCAGGGCAGCAGUGCUGCUACGACAGCUCAGGCGCUCUGGUGCUGACGGGGGACUCGAACCGUGGCAGCACCCCCGACAGGGCUCACGACUGGGGCUCGCCUCCGUACAAGGAGCCGCCACGAGUGCCGGGGUACUCCCACUGGCUUUACGAUGUCAUGAGCUUCUACUACUGCUGCCUGUGGUCUGAGCACUGCCACAUCUACUUGAACCAUCGACCUUCUAGCGGGUGUCGCAACUACAAGCCCCCAAGAGCUGGUGUCGUCCUCGGGGAUCCGCAUUUCAUAACGUUCGACGGCCUCAGCUACACUUUCAACGGUAAAGGAGAGUACAGCCUUGUGUCUUCGCCAGACAGAGAGCUGAGUGUUCAGGCCAGAACAGAACAUGUGAAACUUAAGAACGGUUCUCCGGCCAAAGCUACAUGGCUGUCAUCUGUCGCUAUGAAGGAGAAAACCUCUGAUGUCAUCGAGGUGCGUCUCGCAGAGCGCCACCUUCAGGUGCUGAGGAACCAAAAGGUCUUAACUUUCACCGAGCAAAGAUGGAUGGACCUGCACGGAGUGUUUGUGUUCGCCCCCAGUCUUCACAAUGUGACGGUGAUCUUCCUCUCUGGAGUCGGCGUGGAGGUUCGUGUGCAUGAAGGAGCCAUGGCGGCGACCGUCCUGCUUCCAACAGAGUUUACCAACCUCACUCAGGGUCUCCUCGGCCUGAUGAACUCCGACCAAUCAGAUGACUUGAUGACCCAACAAGGAGCCGUCAUCUCCCAGGCUGACGCCACGCCGGAGGAAAUCUUCAAUUUUGGAGCUGGCUGGAACAUUUCAAAGAAGUCGUCCCUUUUCACGUAUGACUCUAAGUUCCUUUUGGACACCUACUAUUUCCCACCAAGCCACGAUCCUGCUUUCCUUCCUGCCUUUUCCCUCCCUGAGAGUCCUGCUGACCCCCUGGUGGCCGACAUGUUGGCCGUGUGCUUUGGAGAAGGAGCAGAGUUCUGUAAAUAUGACACCCUGACCACUGGGAGCCUCGCGGUGGGAAACGCCACGCUGCGGGCCUCCCAGAACCACCUGAGCCUGGUGGAAGCUCUGAAACCAGUGGUGUCGUGUGGAUGGCUCCCCACGCCCAGGAACGGGAUGAAGAAUGGGAAACAUUACCUGAAAGGAACCACUCUGAGCUUCUCCUGCAGCGAAGGCUUCAUACUGUACGGUUCAACAGAGCGAAGCUGUCUGGAUGACGGCUCCUGGACCGGAGAACAGCCCUACUGUAUCACAGAUGAUCACGUGGGGUUUGUGCUCGGCGCUGUCGGUUCCCUCUCUGCACUGGUCACAAUGGGAGUAAUGAUCCACCUACACAACAGGAAACAAGACAGGGAGAAGAAAAAGGACCAGAUGGUGACUCAAGAAUAAACCUGCUAAACCAGGGAUGAGCAACUUAAAUGCUGCAGGGGGCCACAGUUUUUCAUGUUCACUACCACAGGGCCACAUAUAGGAGCGUGCACUUAACCAGAUAUGAUGAAACUGCAAUUUUAAAUAUGUUUGCAGUGCAGUAACUUAACAUAUUUCAUGCUCAAAUGCAUGUUUAACAGUAUAAAUAGGAAUACAAAAGGUUUGAAGCAACAACAAAAAAACACUUACUGUGAUUUCUUUUGUGUUCAGUGCAAGAACAGCAGAACAACAAUAACCCAUAAGAACCCAUGGUGACAUUUUAAAUGUUCUAGUAAUGUUCAUGUAUGUUUUCUCAGGUAGAUAAGUGUGUUUUUUAGUGUUCUACAGCUACAGCAGCUUGUUGAGAAGCCGUCCAGUAAGGCAGUGUUAUUUGUUUAUUCUCGAAUGGAAUUUGUUGACUAGCAGCACUAUUAAAGUCACAAUUUUGAGAAAUGUGGUGGAGAUGCAAAGAAAAAGGCAAUUUUGUGUUUCUGUAAGCAGAAAAGGUGUCUAGUUUAUUCAUUUAAAAAUAAGAUAUAUCAUAAGGUCCACUUGGUCUAUGGCAUAUCCCCAUAAUUUUCCUUUUGAAGGAUUACUGGCUCUGGGUUCUUAUGGGUUAAUUGCAAGAAAUCAUUUUGUGCAUUUUCUGCACUUUUAAGAUUUCAUGCUCAAAUGCAUGUAGUUGUACUGAGGGCCACUUGAAGUGAGGGUGCGGGCCGUAUGCGGCCCCCGGGCCUCCAGUUGCCCAUCCCUGUGCGAAACCAUCACAGCUGUCGGAUUAUGGAUCACACCACUUCACGGCGAAAUUUGCAGCUAUGCUGCCGAUGGCAACAAAUGUGUUUAGAGGCUAAAAUCAUAUGCAGUUGUGUUGUUUGGCUUCUCUUGACCUGUUGACCUUAUCAGGAAAAAAACCUCAGGCUCUAGUUAGGCUUUCAUCGCUUGUUUGGCCUCGUGUUUUCCCUCUUGUUUAGCUUGGAAAACCUCCAGGUCGUGGUAAGUGGCGCAUGGGGUGAGGAUUGAGGGUAUUGAGGUAAAGGAAAAAUGCUGAUGAUUGUUUUUAUAUUCCCCUUUUUGCAUGACUGAACGUCCGAUCUUCGCUAGAGAGAGAACUGUAUAAAUACUACGCAGAGAUAUCAUCAUUACAAUCAACACUCCCUUCUCCCGUUCACUCUAAAAUAGGACCAGAUGUGUUCAUGUUCAUGUCAAAUGUGAAGUGAACCUGAUCAUUUCUCUGGUUGAGAGACUCUGAACUCGUGUUGCCUUUGUGUGGGCCGGGAGCCUUCAGUCAAACGAAGGGUUUUGCUGAGUGACUGAGAAAGAAAAAUCCACAAAUGUUACAUAAAGGUCACCUUAUUGCACUACAUCAACACUUGCUUUCUGAGUUUUCUUUGCACUGAUACAUAUCUGUAUCUGGAGAACGUAAUUGCUUUAAUGCAUCUGUAAAUGUUUUCACUUAAAAUCAAAUGAAAGAAUCAAUAAAUGAUAUU